CCAGACUGCCAGAAUGAGACAAGAAGACAGGAUUGAGACUUGCGAGCUGCGCAUUCGUUGUAGAGCAUCGGCGUGAGAUGGGUGAUUGUAAACAGAAAGCAGAAAUGCACCAUGCACCUCUUUAGUUUGUGAUUUUUGGUCAUAGUGAAUCGCAAUUCAAGAAGUAUCAUUACACGUACUCUACUACAAAGAUGAGCCAGUCAAGCGCCUCCAGCUCCACUGUAUUGCCUACCAAAACAAGAACUUCGGUUACGGACUGGCAUUGUACCACUACCGGCUCAUGGCGAAAAAUGUCACAAUUGUGGACAAUCGAAGGUUUUAAAGAAUAUCAUUGUAAAGUUAACAAAUUCCUCAAGUCAGCAAUAUUCUUCAACGAUACCGAUCCCUAUAGAUGGUGCUUAACCAUCAAGAUUGAGACUGACAACCAAAAUCUCGAGGCUGAAGAUUACAUCGGAUUUUUUUUACAUCUAGACAGAGACGAAAUAAACCACCCCGAUGCCUUAUUCGUCAACAUAAAAAUGUGUUUACUAGAUGCUGAAGGAAAUGAAGCCCUUCGUCGGUACACUCAAGUCCAACUCAGAACAGACAACGAAGACCCACCUCAUCAUGGAUAUCCGCAUUUUGUUUCAAAGAAAGCGUUAUUCGAUCCUGAUCCAAACAACAAGUUACUUAUUGAGGACACAUUAACAGUUUACUGCGAAUUUGAGUAUACUGAAAUGGAAGUCAACGAUUGUCACUCGCAGCGGGGGCCUGAAGUGAAAGUGAAAAUUUCUGAAAAUCUACCAAAAGGAUUAGAACGUUUGUUGCGUGAUCAAACUUUCGUAGAUGUAACAUUUGUAGUGGAUGGCAAGAAAUUCGGCGCUCUCAAAGGUAUUUUAGCAGCACGUAGCCCCGUUUUUGAGGCAAUGUUCAAACACGAUAUGCAAGAAAAUAGAUCGAACCAAGUUGACAUCUCGGACAUCCGUGCUGAAGUAUUUGAAGAAUUUUUACUCUUCAUGUAUACUGACAAAACUCCAAAUUACAAACUGGUGACAGAGUUACUCGUAGUUGCUGACAAAUAUCAAGUCGAAGGUCUAAGGAUACUCUGCGAAGAAAUUAUAUCGAAGGAAUUAUCGGUAGAGAACGCGAUCGAUUUGUUAUUUUUUGCUGAUCUUCAUAAGGCGGAAGGAUUGCUAAAGCAAGUAGCAUUUUAUAUCAAAACAAACCCUGCCAAACUUACGUCAACCCAGGAGUGGAAAAAUGCAAUUUUGACGCAUCCUCAUCUAUUUGAUCUAGUAAAUGGAGUAUGUCAAGUCAAACGCCCUCGUGUAUCAUCAAAGCUUCAAGUUCCAUCCUUAAGUGACACUUUCAUCCAACGAAAAUGGAAAAGGUGAAAAUUGAUAGAAACCUGGUUACUUUUUUUUAUUUUGUAUUGUACCUACAUAUUUACGAAUGUGUUCUUAUUUUGUAAUAUUUCGAAUUACAAUUAGCUCAAAUUG